UCUCCGGCGGAGCUGCGUGAGGCCAGGCCGGCCCCCGGCCCCCCCCCUUCCGGCCGCCCCCGCCUCCUGGCCCACGCCCGCCCGCGCUCGGCCCGCCAGCGCCUCCACCCGGCUGGCGGCCCCGCGUCGACGCCGUCCGCCGCCACGCUGCUGACUCCCAUCUCGGGCGCCGUCGGCGGGGUCGCGCUCCGCCGGCCUGCGGAUCCCCCGCCGCCUCCUCCUCAUCUACCUCAACGCCCGUCCCGCUUCGCCCGAGGAGGCGGUCCCCCCCGCAGGCAGUCCGGCUCGCAGGCCGCCGGCGUUGUCAUCCCCCGCGCUCCCUCCCGGCCCUCCCCGGCGCGCAGCCCGGCCGCUCCCCCUCCUCGCUGCGUCCCGAGCGGCCCCGGCGCCGCCACCGCCGCCCCCCCCCGAGGCCCGGGCUCGCGACGGCCGAGGGCUCCGUCGGCCCAAACCGAGCUGGGCGCCCGCGGCCCGGGUGACGCCUCCGCUCCGCCCCCCUCAGCACCUUCCCCGGCCCCCGACGUUGCGCCCUUUCCUCGCUUCUCUGCGCUCCCCGUCCCCUCUCCGGCCUCUGGUCCCGGCCCCCUCUCUUCUUCCGCAGCCUUCCCUUUGCUCCCUCCCGCCCCCCCCAGCUCCUUGCCUCCAACUCCCUCCCCUUCCACGCCCGCCCUCUCGCCUUCGCCGUCCCAAAGUGGAUUAAUUAUACGCUUUCUGUUUCUCUCCUCGCUGUUCUCUCCCGCUGUGCGCCUGCCCGUCUCUCACUGUCCUCUCUCUCUCUCUCUCGCCCUCUCUUCGGCCCCCCCCUUUUCACGUUCACUCUGUCUCUCUCACUAUCUCUGCCCCUCUCUAUCCUUGAUACAACAGCUGACCUCAUUUCCCGAUACCCUUUCCCCCCCUAAAAGUACAACAUCUGGCCCGCCCCAGCCCGCAGACAGCCCGUCCUCCCCAAACAAUCAGACGAGUUUCCCACCCCCCCAAAAAAGCCAUCCCCCCGUUCUGCCCCGUCGCACAUUCGGCCCCCGCGACUCGGCCAGAGCGGCGCUGGCAGAGGAGUGCCCGGCAGGAGGGCCAACGCCCGCUGUUCGGUUUGCAAUACGCAGCAGGGAGGUGGGCGGCCCCUGCGCCGGCUUCCAGACACCAAUGGGGAUCCGAGUGGGAAAGUCGAUGCUGGGGCUGCUCGCCUUCUUGGCCUUCGCCUCGUGCUGCUAUGCUGCUUACCGCCCCAGUGAGACUCUGUGCGGCGGGGAGCUGGUGGACACCCUCCAGUUUGUCUGCGGGGACCGCGGCUUCUACUUCAGCAGGCCGGCAAGCCGCGUGAACCGCCGCAGCCGUGGCAUCGUGGAAGAGUGCUGCUUCCGCAGCUGCGACCUGGCCCUGCUGGAGACCUACUGCGCCACCCCCGCCAAGUCCGAGAGGGACGUGUCGACCCCUCCGACCGUGCUUCCGGACAACUUCCCCAGAUACCCCGUGGGCAAAUUCUUCCAAUAUGACACCUGGAAGCAGUCCGCCCAACGCCUGCGCAGGGGCCUGCCCGCCCUCCUGCGAGCCCGCCGGGGUCGCACGCUCGCCAAGGAGCUGGAGGUGUUCAGAGAGGCCAAGCGUCACCGCCCCCUGAUCGCCCUGCCCACCCAGGACCCCGCCGCCCACGGGGGCGCCUCUCUUGAGGCGUCCGGCCAUCGCAAGUGAGCCAAAUUGUCGUAAUUCUGCAAAGCGGCACCACCCACUCGUGACCUCCUCUUGACCGGACCUUUCCAUCAGGUCCCACCGCUGAAACCUCUGUACCGUCCUGUCUGCGGGCUCCCCCGACCUGGCCCCCGUGCCCCAACCUCCCCACGUCAGGCUGCUCUCUCCUCGGCCCCCUCCAUCGGGCUAAGGGAAUCACAACAAAAUCUUUAAAAAUGUACAAAAUCAAUUGGCUUUCGCCCUCUCUCCCAAAUUAUCACCCCCAAAUUACCCCCAAAUUACACAACCGAAAUUGCAAUCACAAACGUGUCGGCCCCCUUGAAACGAAUUGGCUUCUUAGCAACACCGGAAAAGCUAACUAGCUUUCCAGAAAACCCUAAAAAAAAAAAAAAUCAAUUAGCUGAAAAAAAAAAUACUAAAAAUAAAUUGGCUUCAAAACAAUUGGCAAAAUAAAAGAAUUCGGCCCCC